AUGCUUCUUGAACUCAGACAGGCUUGGUGUGGGACCCCUUCCCUGGGGAGCCUUUUCCUGUCAUACAGCAGUCCCCCCGCCCCCCCUGUCACAGCUUCAUGCCAUUCCCUCUGGUCCUGUCACCUCACACUCCAGAAAGGCCUCAUGGACUUCUGGCUGCCCAGAACCCAGGGCUGGAUUCUCCCAGAAGAGCAUGAAGGCUGGGUGGGGGUGCUGGCUGUUGAGGUAUUUUGUCUUUUAACGCUUCUGUUGUUUUUCCCACAGGCUGCCACGGCCCCACGCAUCCCAUCCACGCGGCUGGCCUUGCACCACUUUGACACCAGCUACAGCCUGCACCUGGGGGCCCUGUGGCCCUCAGUCCGUGCUGGCCUGCUCUGUGAGCAGAAAUAUGGAGCCCUGCUCAACAACUUCGCUGCUGCUGACCAUGUUCCUGAAGAGCUGGAGCUGCUCAACGCCACUGAUUUCAUUUCUGAGGCCCUUCAGAAGGUGCAGCAAUGUCAGCGGGGUGCGGCUGUGGGGGAAGCGGCCACAGGGUGCCAGGAGGGCUCUGGUGAGGGCAGGACUGGGAUGCAGGCAGAAAUGGUGACACAGGCAGAGAUGUCCCCACCUUGCACGUCCAUCAGCUCCAAAAUCAAGUGUUACACCUUCCCCAGGGGUGACAUCACGCGCUUUCGCCCUGCACGGCCAGAUGGGCUGGUGCUCCUCGACUAUUACCUCAUGGAUGCAGCAUCUCUCCUGCCUGUGCUGGCACUCGACGUGCAGCCAGAUGACUUUGUCCUCGACCUCUGUGCUGCUCCGGGUGGGAAGACUCUGGCUCUGCUGCAGACUGGGUUUUGUGGGCAUGUGGCAGCAAAUGAUAUCUCCGUUUCCCGGACAAAGAGGCUGUACCAGAUUCUGCAGAGCUAUGUGCCCAAAGAAGUCAGGGACAUUGUGAGUGUCACGUCCUACGAUGGAAGGGACUGGGACCAGGUGAAAGGAGGCACUUUCCAUAAGGUGCUGGUGGAUGUGCCCUGCACGACAGACAGACACUCUGCCAUGGAGGAGGACAACAACAUCUUCCACAGGAGGAGAACCAAAGAGCGCCAGAUGCUGCCCAUGCUGCAGCUGCAGCUGCUGAUGGCCGGGAUCCUGGCGGCCAGGCCGGGAGGAGCUGUGCUGUACUCCACGUGCUCGCUGUCCCCGCUGCAGAACGAGUGCGUGGUGGAGAGGGCUCUGGACGUGGCACGAGCCCAGUUCAACAUCAGCCUGCACCCAGAGGACCUGAGCCACUUCAGGAUGCUCUUCCAGGACACCUUUUCCUUCUUCUCGGAGUGCCAGCUCGGGGAGCUUGUCCUGCCUCACCUCACAGCCAACUUUGGGCCCAUGUACUUCUGCAAAUUACGUCGGGAGUAGAAGGGGCAGCAGAGUCUGUCGCUGUCAGGAAAUAGCCCAAUGUUUAAGGGAAAGCAGAACUGCUUUAUAUUUAUUUUUCUUUCUAAAAUGUCCCAAAGGAAACCUGCUUUUUUACUGCAGACAUGGGGAAUAAAUGAGAA